AUGUUUGUGAUGACUUUGAAUAACCAAACUUACAUCUUUAUUCUGAUGCAUUAUGUAUUUCAUAUUGCUCAUUCUCUUCUGACUCAUGUAGGCUUCAGCAAAGUAAGACGAGUUGAUAAAGGUAUCAAGAGUUUUGUAUUCAACAAGUCUCCGUUUAGUACGAGUUACGUACACACAAAUUAACAGCCCCGUCAAGAGCAAUGUCAGAUUGAGGAGCGUUGUCUGUAAUCGCAUUGUGAGUAAUAUGAAGUAAUCCGAGUGGUUUCAGGUCGAAUAUCUCCCUCGAAAUCUGUUGAAACAAUUUUUGAAAGCCUUCAGUCAGAGCAGGUAGUAUUUUUCGGAGUUUGCGUUGAACAGUUUGGGGAUUUGAUUUGUGCUUUUAUAGAUUCAACGUAAUCUGGCAAGUGAAUGGGAAAUUGAAUAUAGAUCAGGACGUGAAGAUACCCAGCAAUGUGUAUUUUGUUGAUUGGGUUCCUUUGAACAAGUUAUUUUGUAAGUACUGCCAUGUGCAUAGUAAUAUAAAUAUCGGUGAUCAAUGAACGCAUCACAGUUGAGCUUUCACUGCAUUUUCUACCAACGUUUGGCCAAUUUCAGCCCAUCCAAAUAUCCAAUAUGUUAUUAUCCAUGGUGGAAUCAACACAUUAAAUGAAGCCGUUCAUUCAGCCCUUCCUUUGAUUGGAAUCCCCCUUCAAGGAGAUCAGAAUAGCAAUCUGAAAGCCCUUGAGUUGCUGCGGACAGCGAAGAUUGUCAGAAUGAUCAAUGUUUGGGACGAUACGCUGACGAUUACACUUCAGGAGUUUGAGAAGAAUUUGGUGACUUAUAAAAAGAGAGCUGAGAAAUUGAAGAAAAUGGUGAAAGAUCAUCAAAGUCAUAAUGGAGACCAGCCCGAGUUCUGGAUCAAAUGGGGAACGAGACAUGGGAGUGUUCUUAGCAUGAGGAAAUACUACAUUAGGAACGAAUAUAUCAGCCGUUGCAAAUACUUUGGGAUACAAGAUGUCAUCAUUUACUCUGUGAUAGUAUUUUCGUUGUUGUUUAUGGUGACAAAAUAA